UGCUUAGGGGCAGAACCAAAACCCCCACUUUGUAGUGAAGAUGGGAAAAAUGGGGUCUUCCAUGGCCUCCCUCAUUCUCGCUGCUUUAAUAGCAAUAGUCUCUCUUAGCUUGCCAUCUGAAACUUCUGCACAUAAUUAUCCAUACCCAUCCCCACCUCCUAUCUAUCCACACCAUCCACCUCCCCAUCCGCCACACCAUCCGCUUCCGCCGCACCAUCCCCUCCCCCCCCACCAUCCGCUUCCGCCGCACCAUCCCCUCCCCCCCCACCAUCCGCUUCCGCCGCACCAUCCCCUCCCACCCCAUCAUCCGCUUCCGCCGCACCAUCCCCUUCCGCCCCACCAUCCACUUCCCCCUCUCUAUCCACAUCCGCCACACCAUCCCCAUCCCCCUCACCAUCCACAUCCGCCACACCAUCCACAUCCGCCACACCAUCCAGUACCACCAUACAAGUACAAAUCUCCUCCCCCUCCCCCUUACAAGUACAAGUCUCCUCCCCCUCCCCCUUACAAGUACAAGUCUCCUCCCCCUCCCCCUUACAAGUAUAAGUCUCCUCCCCCUCCACCUUACAUUUACAAGUCUCCUCCCCCUCCACCUUACAUUUACAAGUCUCCUCCACCUCCACCUCCCAAGCCCCACCCCUACCAUCCACCACCUUACAAGUACAAGUCUCCUCCACCUCCACCUUACAUUUACAAGUCUCCUCCCCCUCCACCUUACAAGUACAAGUCUCCUCCACCUCCACCUUACAUUUACAAGUCUCCUCCACCUCCACCUCCCAAGCCCCAUCCCUACCAUCCACCACCUUACAAGUACAAGUCUCCUCCACCUCCACCUUACAUUUACAAGUCUCCUCCCCCUCCACCUUACAUUUACAAGUCUCCUCCACCUCCACCUCCCAAGCCCCACCACCACCACCACCACCACCACCACCACCACCACCAUCUACCACCUUACAUUUACAAGUCUCCUCCCCCUCCACCUUACAAGUACAAGUCUCCUCCCCCUCCACCUUACAUUUACAAGUCUCCUCCCCCUCCACCUCCCAAGCCCCACCACCACCACCACCACCCACCACCUUACAAGUACAAGUCUCCUCCACCUCCUCCUCCAGCUCCCAAGCCGCAUCCGCACCCGUACAUCUAUGCAUCACCGCCUCCUCCGUACCACUACUAGAGAAUGUCUCUGAUAACAUCAUGGAAAGCAAAAGAAUUUAAUUGCCAAAAUAAAGAAAGGUUUGGUAUACAAAGAAGGACGUCGUCGAGUUUCUGACUUUGAUGUAUUAAUGCUCAUUUUGUGCUGUUGGCCGGGUUCACCUUGUUCAUGUUGUUCAGUGUAGUAAGGAGUGAUCCAUCUAAUAUCUAUGCCUAUAAUUAUGUCUAUCUAGUUGGGAGUUUCGACCUUUAAGCUAAUGCAGAGGUUGACGUUAAGAAAUAAAAUAAGCACGUUUCUGGAA